UGAGCUUGGCAGUCAGUAACCGCUCGCCUUGGUCACCGGUCGUUCAAGACGCGCGUAAUUUAAAAAGUUUAUAAAAAAAAAAAGUUGUGUUUGUGAAUCGGUAUACAAAAUGUGUGACGUGCAAUUAAAUUAAUUAAAGUUAAGUUUUUUAUUAAGUGACAGUUUAUAAAACUUCAUUGAAAAUAUACACCGGCAAAUAUUGAAGAAUGGAGCGGCCUGGAACGAGCGGUGAGCGGACGCCUCUAGUGCAGCCCACGUAUGUCUUCGAGUCCAGCAUAACGCGUCGCUACCGCAAACGACUGAGGAACUGCCAGUGCGCCAUCUGCGUCUCUUUACUGUAAGUUAGUCUAUGGUUUCCAUAGCUAACACACCACCAUAACAAUACCCUCUAGUGCAGCCCCCGUAUGUCUUCGAGUCCAGCAUAACGCGUCGCUACCGCAAACGACUGAGGAACUGCCAGUGCGCCAUCUGCGUCUCUUUACUGUAAGUUAGUCUGUAGUGUCCAUAGCUAACACACCCCCAUAACAAUACCCUCUAGUGCAGCCCACGUAUGUGUUCGAGUCCAGCAUAACGCGUCGCUACCGCAAACGACUGAGGAACUGCCAGUGCGCCAUCUGCGUCUCUUUACUGUAAGUUAGUCUGUAAUAGUGUCCAUAGCUAACACACCCCCAUAACAAUACCCUCUAGUGCAGCCCCCGUAUGUCUUCGAGUCCAGCAUAACGCGUCGCUACCGCAAACGACUGAGGAACUGCCAGUGCGCCAUCUGCGUCUCUUUACUAGUCCUUCUAAGCAUCAUUCUCCUCGUCACCGUCUCCUACAAUCUGGCCGACGACUUCGACGGUGACGACCUUGACAAUAACACCAUUCUGCCAAUCGUCAUCCCUGUUGCGAAUGGCUCCAAGCUUAAUAUGGUUGGCAAUCUGACGAGUUUUGGCAACAGAACGGUGUAUAAUCUGACGUCGAUAGAACCUAAUUUGCUGCCGAUUAUGAACAAGAAAUGGCCUUUAGAAGAAACCCCCUCAGCUCCCUGGCCAAGCACACCCCCAGCCGCCAACAUAUCGGACGCUGUAUCCCGCGGCAACGCCGCACUAGCGGCUCAGCAGCGCGCCGAGGCCGCGCGCACUGCGCUAGGCCGGGACACGCCGGCGCACCGCGCGCAGCGCGCCGCCGCGACCGCUGCUGACGUCAAGCCGAUGGCUGACGCCGCGUAUGCGGCUGAGGAGGCCACUAAAGUGCUUGUUAACGGCUCUCCACAUCGCGGCGGCAGUAUUGGUCGCGGCCCCACAACCAAUGGCCACUUCCAAGAGCCACCUUACUGCAGAGACACCACUCCUGUCUGCUCUGCCAGCAAGUUCAGAAGUCAUGAUGGCAGCUGUAAUAAUCUAGCUAAUCCAUUACGAUGGGGUGUGUCUAAGACACCGUUUAGGAGGGUGUUGCCUGCUGAUUAUGGAGACGGUAUUAGCUCUCCACGAAGAGGCGUCAAUGGAACGGCUCUCCCAAGUGCCCGAGAUGUCAGCCUCACGGUACACCGGCCAAGCUACGCUCACGAUAUCUCAUUCACCGUGAUGCUGGCUGUUUGGGGGCAGUUUAUAGACCAUGAUAUUACCGCUACGGCUCUGAGCAAGGGCGAAAACGGCACGGCGCUCUCCUGCUGCGACCCCUCGCAGCCCCCGCACCCCGCGUGCUUCCCCGUGCCUCUAGACGUGGAAGACCCUUUCUAUCAGGACUACCACGUCACCUGCAUGGAAUUCGUGCGUUCAGCCCCAGCGCCUACAUGUCAUUUCGGUCCUCGGGACCAAAUGAACCAAGCCACAGCCUACCUCGACGCCUCCACCGUCUACGGGUACUCACCAACCCGCGCCGCUCAACUCAGGACGUUUUCUGGGGGGCUGCUGCGGAUGCUGGUCGUGGAGGGAAGGGAGCUUCUGCCGCAGUCCAUGGAUCCUAACGAUGGAUGCAAUACAGAAGAGAUGAACGCUAAGGGGCGGUACUGUUUUGAGACUGGGGACGACCGAGCCAACGAGAACCUGCACCUAACCACAAUGCAUCUGCUCUGGGCGCGCCAGCACAACCGCCUCGCCAAGAUCCUCUCAACUCUCAACCCGAGUUGGGACGAUGAACGUCUUUACCAGGAAUCCAGGAAGAUUGUGAGCGCUCAGAUGCAGCAUAUCAGCUAUAAUGAGUUCCUGCCUCUGGUUCUAGGGAAUGAUGUGAUGUGGGCCUUGAACCUGUCUCUGCUGCAGACAGGCCACUCCAACUCAUACAGUCCACGCGUCGACGCUUCUAUGGCUAACCAUUUCUCUGCGGCUGCUUUUAGAUUCGCACACACUUUGCUGCCGGGUUUAAUCCACUCCUUUGACGCGGACACGGGUUCGGUGGACUACAUCCACCUUCACGAGAUGCUGUUCAACCCGUAUAUGCUGUACCGGGAGACGGGGCCGCGGAAAUCAGUCUAUUCUGCCAUGAACACGCCGGUACAUGGGGUAGAUCCUCAUGUUACUGAUGAGCUAAGCAACCACCUCUUCGAGCGCCCCACCACCAACACCACCCUCACCAACACCUCCCUCCCCGCGCACCCCUGCGGCCUCGAUCUCGUCUCCCUCAAUAUACAGAGAGGGAGGGAUCACGGGCUACCUCCAUACCCCGCCUGGAGGGAGCAUUGUGGAUUCAAAAGGCCGAAGAGUUUUGGGGAGCUCAAGGGAGUUCUAAAUGAGGUGUCGUGGCAACGGAUCAGUACCAUUUACAGCCAUGUAGACGACAUAGAUCUCUACACUGGUGCCUUAGCCGAGGAACCGAACGGGAGACUCCUUGGACCAACGCUGACUUGUCUCAUCGCGGAUCAGUUCUUGAGGAUCAAGGUUGGAGAUCGGUUCUGGUAUGAGACUGAGGAUGAGUCUGCUGGGUUUAGCAUUGAACAACUGACAGAGAUCCGAAAAACUACACUCGCGGGGGUGAUUUGCGCGAACGAACAACUGUUAGCUCAAGCGCAGCCGCGAGUCAUGGAGCUUGUGGGAGAAACCAAUCCGCUCGUGGCCUGUACAGAACUGCCACACCCGGCUUGGGACCCAUGGAAAGAAUAACUUACUGACAUUAAGAAAGAACGAAGAUAUGUUUACAGAAGAUAUAAGACUUCAACUUCAACCAUAUAUUGCCAAUCGGGUGGUCCCGAUAUUUAGCCAUGGAAUUAGCCUUGCCCUAAAAUUGGGAAAGCCAAUUCUGGACAAUAGACGUAAAAUUUGGAAGGUGGCCCAAAUCCCGAUUUUUUUUUAAGAUCUUGUGCAUAUAAUUUCUGCAUCAUCUAAUUCAUGUUUAAAUUAGAAGUUAUGAUAAAAACG